AUGUUCUUCAUGUCUGUAUAUCGCUAUCCAAAUGUUCGUUCUUACUGGGGAAGAUAUUCGCUGGAAGCAAUCCGAACCACAAUGUCACGAAUAAGUUUCGAACAAAUUCGCCAGUUCUUGCAUUUCAAUGACAAUUCGACUAUGAUCCCGAAUGGCCAGCCUGGAUACGACAAGUUGCAUCGAGUUCGACCACUAAUAACCCAUUUCAACGAACGCUUUGGGUCUGUUCCGAUGCUUCAUCGUCUAUGUGUAGACGAACAGAUGUGUGCUACGAAAAUGGGUGGUAGCCCUACCCGGCAAUAUACGCCAGCCAAACCAAAGUGGAGAACCAAGCUGUUUGUUUUAUGUGAUCAUAUGGGCUUUUCAUAUUCUUUGGAAAUUUAUUCUGGUGCAGGAGACAAUGUGGUACAAGAAAAUGCUUCAGAUCUCGGAGCCUCGUCAAAUGUCGUUGAUCGUUUGUCUAACAAAAUUCCAGACAACGUGAACCAUAUUGUAUAUUUUGAUAAUUUUUACACGUCGUUGUGUUUGCUGACGUAUCUAAGAAGCCGUGGUAUAUAUAGUUUGGGCACCGUGCGAUCAAAUCGAGUGCCAAACAUUAAAUUGUCGAGCGAUGCUGAGUUGACGAAGCGAAAAGUAGAGCGAGGGUACUCUGAGAAAUAUGUCGCAGUAGCACCACCCCGCAAGCCAAAGAUGUCUUAUUUCCCUACCCCAGAGGGUACGCUACGACAACGUGGGUCAUUGGUGCGUAUUUCAUGA